CUUAACGCGCGCAUUGUGUGCACCGAAUCCGACCAAAAACGCGACGUUUUCAUUCAAUCAACUUUCUCGUUUCUUCGCGGCAAGUGCGAGUAUCUACGCUCCUGCUAUAGAGUGCCGUGUACACGACGAAGAGUGCGUUUCAGGAUUUUCAGGAACUUUUUCAGGAUCUGUGACCCGAUCAGUGUUUUGUUUUAUUGGACAAUUAUCUUGUUGUUUUAAGUAAAUACCAUAAAAGUCGUUCACGCUCAAGACUGCCUAGAUGGUUACGCCCCCUAUCGUGUCCCGAUGAAGCAACCAUGUCUGAUAACCACAGGGACUCUCGCGCGGGUCGCAUCGCCCGCUACAAAGAAGAACGUCGCAAACAACUCGCGGAACAGUUCAGCACCAGCAAUUUCGACUCUUCUCUACGUGCGAAUGUCAACAAUGCUGGCUCUUCGAGUAGCUCGGAGGGGCCCAGGCCCACCCGAACAUCCAGGCUGAGAGCUCAAGCCGCUACCAGUCAGAUUCAAUUAGGAAGUCCUACAUUUGGAAAAUUAGAGAAGGGUGUGUCGCCUUUGUCGUCGGACUCCCCCAAAGGCAAGCUCGAAAGGGACAAAAGCAGCAAAAGGAAGUCGAAUUUGAAUAGAUCGCUUACAUGCGAAGCGGUUCCUCCUAACAGUCUUUAUGACGAUCCUAAAACCGCUCGAAGACGUCGUCGAUUUUUCCCACCAGAAGUUCUAGAACAAACUCCUACAAUGCCGACCAACGAAUAUACUGCCUCUCCAGCCACUUCGAAUUUGCCUUCACCUCAACUGCCCACUGCCUCUACCUCGCCAAGCGCUAGUUCUUCCUGUUACAAUAAUUCACCACUAAGACUCACUCCCAAACGAUCUGAACUGUCCAUUCAUAUGGAAAAUGCUCGACGAAGCGUUAUAACUCCGCCAACUUCUGAAUCGCACAAAUACAAACCGUUUGCUUUAAGGAAAACGCAAACUUCCAGUCCCAGGGAUAAAACUGCUGCAAACUCACGUAAUGGUGAUGUAAAUAAAGAAGAGGAGACAAAAGGAGCUAUAAGACGUUCUACAAGCUCAACCUCAGAUAAGGAAACAAACCGAAUUAUAGCUAAAAGAAUAGACGAAUUAAGCGCUUUUACUCGGGACACUUUAGCUAGUUUAGAGAGAUUGGCCAAUAGGAAUCGUGAAAUUCGUAACAGACAAAGUCCUGCUAAACAGGUUGAUAAAUUUUCAAGAUAUUCACCAGGACCUUCGUCGAUACUCAAAAAGAAACCGAGAGAGGAAAAAGAGACUGUUGUAGUUGUAGUUAAUGAGCCCCCUGCUCCCGCACACGCGGCUCCGGUGUCUAUUUUAAAACGAAAAGUAGCCCUAGAUGAAAAGACUGAAUCCCAUUCGACACACACGCCACCGGUGACUUUUUCGCCGAGCGUAGUGGAGCCGGCGACGACCAAUAGGAAGCAGGGAAUUUUAAAGAAAAGACGUAGUUUAGACGAAUCCACUGUGAUGAGGCAUAGAAGCUGCAGUCCGGACGUUUCCAAUAAUAAAACUUCUGAUUCUAGAUCGAUCCUCAAGAAUCAACGAAGAUCGUCCUUGGAAGAACUUCGUCGUAUUCAAUCGCCGGAAGUCCAUAUUCAAGGCAUUCUUAAGCGAAAAACAUCAAAAAAUGACGAAGACGAUAUAUCUCUUAACUCGCCUCAAGGAAUUCUCAAAAGACGUUCUGGCGCUAGUAGUGCCGGGAGUUCUGGUAGUACUCCGCACGUUUCGAUUACGACUGCAGUUAUACUGGCAGCUGCUCGAGGUGCCGAGAUGAUUCUCGAACCGGAUUCUGUUAGACCUAUUUUGAAGAAAAAGAGCUUUUCAGAGGAGUAUUCUUGCAGUGAAAGUAUUUCUUCUGACACACCUAGACCAAUCCUUAAAAAGAAAUCUAGCACUGAUACAGAUGAUGGCGAGGAUAGUAAGCCUAUGAGGCCAAUUUUGAAGUUACCUAAAACUAGAAGUGAGGCGAUGGAUGCUGGUCAAGAAAAACGCCGAUACUCGAGAUUCAAUGGCGAAGCGGAUGGUGACACAAAACCCUCAAUCCUAAAAUCUGGCUCGUCUAGAGCCGAAUCUCCAAGACCGCGCCUAUCGUUUUGCGGUGACACCAGCACCGGGGUAGAAGAUUCAGUUGAAGCUGCUAGACGGGGCUCUCGCAGAUCUUACACUAUUUGCUCCGACUUUAACGUCCAAUCGAACGCCAUAAGCCGUGAUAAGCAAGACGAUAGAGAUUUGAAAAAGGCGCGUCCUUUGUCAGUAUCGGAAUUGGUUAAGACGUUCGAGCAGCAAGUGAUCAGUAGGCCUUCUGAAGUGAAAACUGGUGCUGUACCAAAGAGGAUUAGUCAGAAGAGGAAUAGUGAUAGGUAUAGGACGCAGCCUGUGACAUCAAAUGAACUAGAGGAAAGCCGAAAUUUACUCCGUCAAGAAGAAGCUCACUCAUCCAGACCGUCACAUUUGCCUUACCACUCACUGACUGGCUCUUCUAAAUCCUUAGAUACAGGAACUUCUUCCUUGAAAGAUGACAGCCGUUUGAACUCUUUUCUGUCAUCGCCGUUUCAUUCCACGUGCCUGCAAGGAGUUGCAAUUUCUCCAGAAAGCCCUGCUUGCCACAAAACCUCAUCAGACUCAGCAUUUCAGUCAUUAGGUGACGGAUUGGAAUUAGAAGAGCCCCAGGAAGAAACUGAAGAGCUUAAUAUUCAAACAGAAAUGUCGUCAUUGGCAAGCGAAAUGAAAGCCUUAGCUGAAGAAGCAAAGAAGAAAAGACUUGAAAGAGAUCUAGCAGCUACUGAACGUCGAGGAAUACUCAAACCACCUCAAUCCGAAUCUUCUCUACCGCGUCGCAGUCAAUCGUUCGCGUCACCGCGUACUCUACUCAAAAAUCGUGAAACUUCGGUCUUAGAAACGCCUCGUCACGAAUCGGCUUUUCAUAAAGUAAAAUCGACGCGUACGGAAGUUUCCGUGGACAAAGACGACGAAGGUAUUUCGUGUAACGAUUCCGGAUCCGAUUCCGAAACUUCAGACUUGAAAGGCAAAACUCCAAAGUUCAAUGUUAAGUUGUGCGGAGAUGAUACUACUUCGGAAGGGGAAAGUUCUGGAGGACGCGAAGUCAAGAGUAUAUUUAGGAACGACAACAGGCUGAGUUUGAGCUUCAAACAACAACUAGAGGGCUGCUUAUCGAAAAGUAAAAGUUCCUCGUUCCUACGUCCAACAUCAGCAAAAUUAUGUGAAGCCUCCAGUGAUUCAAGGAGCUUCGAAGAACCAAACAGCUUCGAAGAUUCCGAAAUAACCGCACGAAGAGGAUCUACUAAUCUUAGAAGGUCGCACACUCACACCGCAGGAGCGAUGCCUCGUUCCAUAGCCGAUUUAAGAGCCAAGCUUCAAGAAAGUGGCGAAAAGGCAUGGAUGAAGAGGGUGCCGCUAAAUAACAAUAGCUGCGACGAACUCAAGUUUUUAAAAGAAAGAAAUCGCUAUAAUGACGAAUUAUCUGAAAAGACCCUAUUGUCAUCGAAAAAAGACGAACUAGACGCUGCUGCCAAACAAUGGAAAGCUCGCGUGGAAAAGAGCGAUGCCGAAAAAUUCUCUGUGGCUGGGAAAAUGGGCGAAAAGAUCCGGGACGCUGUCCCUACUAUCAAUAUACCUUCGGCUGAUAAGACUAAGAAAGUACCACCUGCCAAAAGAUACAAGGGAAAGGAAGAUUCAUCGUCCACGCCAUCUUCGCCCGAGAAAAAUGCACAUUUUGAUCUCACUAGAAGUAAAUCUGCCAUAUCUCCUAUUGCUUCUAAGCAAACACCUGAAGUAACGCCAACUAAAGUUCAAAGCCGUAUGGUUCCAAUCCUGAAACCCGAUGACUACACUUUUACCAGUUUUUUUGAAAGUGUGGAACAAUCGAAAAGUACCAAUGAAAGAUUGGAAGUGAAUCCGGAAGAUUUCGAUGCUGUUGAGAGGCAAUCGUUGUUGACGUUUAGGAAAAAUGUACAGGUCCGUCGAAGAAGAGUUGCUACCAAAAAUCCCAUCAAAGCAUUGGCUGACAGAACAGAUAUUGUUAACGAAUACACCGAGGUAAUUACUGGGGUAGCAGAGAGAGAGAAGAAAAGACUGAAUAUAGAAAAACUUGCCCAAAAUUCAAAUAAAGCCCUCGAAGCACUAGCGGGUCUAGCGAGCAACGAGGACUUUAAAUCAGUAGCCUUGAAAAAGAACUCCGGCCCCACUUUACUUCAGCCCUGGAGCGAUUUGAUGCUUCUACAAAUCAAAGGCCGUCGCCACAUUCAAACGCGUUUAGUGGAACCAGUGGCUAGUAGCAUUAACGAAGGCGAUUGCUACAUUUUAAUAACUCCAACUGUUUUGUAUAAUUAUACUGGAGCUUUUUCCAAUGUGAUAGAGCAAAGCAGAGCGGUCGACGUGGCAAAUCAUAUACAAAAAUGCAGCGAUAUGGGUUGUAAAGUUUCUAAAGUUAUCAAUGUUGCUGGUAAAGAUGUAGCCAAGAGGCAACUGGAAGUUUUUUGGAAACUUUUAGGUGCUCCAAAUGUUCCAGACACUAUUGGAGCUGGACAUCCUAAUGAAGACGAGACUUACGAGUCGAAUAUUUUAACAACUAACAUGAUUUAUACUGUAGAUGAUAAUGAGUUGAUACCCUACGAUCCCUAUUGGGGUACCUUGCCUAAAAUCGAAAUGCUUAACGAAACAAACGUGAUUGUCUUCGAUUUUGGUUCAGAAAUGUAUGUGUGGAGUGGCAAAAAUGCUCCAUUGGACAAAAAGAGGCUGGCCUUGAAGUUAGCUAAAGAAAUGUGGGACGAAGGGUAUAACUAUAGCGACUGCAGCGUAAAUCCUUUAAAUGUAGUAGAGGCUUUAGGUGAAAGAAAAGCUAAAGAUUUGCCAUUGAUUGCCGAUAAAAGACCAACAUGGGCCUUGUUUGCCAAAAUUACUCAGCACAGAGAAACAGUGCUAUUCAGAGAAAAAUUCUUGGAUUGGCCUGAUUUUUCUAGAGUUAUAAGAGUCAGAAAUAGUGACGAAGGGUUAAAACGUGGUAAGGGUUCAAUUGAAAUCAAGCCCUGCAAUGUGGACGAAAUGUUGAAACAAAAAUCUUGCAAUCCUGAUUUGGUUGUCCAAAAUAUUCAUUUGGGACGAGGCGAUCAAUAUUUUGACGAAGAAACGCGGCGGCUGUUUGAGUAUGACACUUUAGAACUAAAGGCUUGGAGAAUUUUGGAGAAUACGCACAAGGAAUUAGGAGAAAAGUCUAUUGGUCAAUUUUAUGAUGGAGACAGUUAUAUUUACUCCUGGCGAUUCAGACAAACAGUAAAAGGCAGAGAACUAAACGGCAAACCAUCAAAACAUUUACAAGUGGGCAGAGAUACAAGUAUUUUCUUUUGUUGGCAUGGAAGCAAGUCUUCAAUAACAGAAAAAUGCACUGCUGCAUUUUUAACUGUUGAAUUGGACCAGCAAAAUGCACCGCAAGUCCGUAUAGUACAAGGAUCCGAACCUGCAGCUUUUCUAAGGCUUUUCAAUGGCUCGAUGGUUAUUCAUCAAGGUAAACGCGACGAAGUAAGCCAAAGCGGCAAGCCUCGAUUGUUUAUGGCCAGAGGCGAAAUGGAAGAGGAGGCAUAUUUAAUGGAAGUUCCUUUAGAAAUGGCCAGUUUACGGAGCCGCUCUUCUUUUGUGCUUUUUAAUGGAAAGGAGGUGAUUAUUUGGCACGGCUGCAAGGCGAGCAAACAAAAACAAAAAGUCGUCAAAGAUGUGACUAAUAAAAUACUGAAAAAUAAUCCUGACGAGCUGUUGUUUGACAAUUCCGACUUGGAAAUUGUUGAGGUGAAAGAAGGACGAGAAAAUGGAAGUUUUUUGGAUGCUGUUGGUAGCAACCGGAGUUCGUAUUAUUCUUUAGUGGACAAUGACAAAAACUUUGAGUUUACUCCCAGACUAUUUAAAAUGUCCAGCAUCACAGGGAACUUUAUUGCUACUGAACUGUUGUGUCCUCACAGGAGCGAUCAUUCUAGUCCCUAUCCUUUUGUGCAAUCAGAUCUUUAUACUUCUAGUCAACCAGGUUUGCUCCUCUUCGAUAACAAUCACGAACUGUGGCUGUGGCAAGGUUGGUGGCCCGAAAACGAUGAAGAUAGCGAACUGAAUACCGAUCAGACUGGAUCAGGAGCUAUCAGAUGGCAAGCGGAGCGUAGAGCGGCUAUGCAAACAGCUGUAAACUAUUGGAAAAAAAUCCAUGACGAGGACGAACCUUUGGUGGGGCAUUUGGUUUGGGCGGGACUGGAACCUUUGGAGUUCAGAAAUUUGUUUCCCAUGUGGGAAGUCCGGGAAGAUGUUAGGGAACUAAAUCUGCAGGAUGGUAAAAAUCAAGAUGACAAAUUAAACCUCCAAAGAGAAUUAGCACUCCUUUCACGUACCACCUACUCUCUGGAUGAAAUCCUUCAACGUCCUCUUCCCGAAGGUGUCGAUCCCACUCAACUUGAAAUCUAUUUGUCUGACGCCGACUUUGAAACACUUUUGGAAAUGUCCAAGGAAGAAUUCGAAAAACUACCUUCAUGGAAAAAGACAGCCCUGAAAAAAGAAAAAGGAUUGUUUUGACCGAUUGUGCAGGGCGUUCUAGGGACGUUGGGUUUUAUAUUUGGAAAAUGUUUUGUGUUCGGUGGCACAGUUUAAGUUGUUAUUUUAUUUUUAAGUUCACAUAUCAUGGAAAAAUAUUUUUGUAAAGCUUUGGAGAAAAUUACACUUUUUUUCUUUUGUAAAAUGUAUGAUCAACCAAACCUAACUACCAUGAAAAUGGGGGUUUAAAUUAAUCGAAACUGCCAUUUUUCGUAGCUUUCUCGAAACAAAACGGGAUAUUUGCAUUUGUACUUACAUUUUUUAAAUAGCAAAAGGACUUAUUGAGGAUUUUAAUAGAAACUUACACCAAAAUUGAAUGUAGAUGACUUUAAAAGUUUUUUGACUAAGAAAAAAUAAUUAAUCUAAAGUCCGUUUAACAAGUUACUAGACAAAACAUACUUGGAUUUCCUAGAGGAAAAUCUAUAGUAUUAAAACGUUUUAUACUAAUCUAGAUGGACUACCUAUAUUAUAAUAUAAUCAUUUUGAAAUUUGUUUGUGAUAAUUUAUCUCUAAUUAUUAUUAUUAAUGUUAUUUUAGAAUAUAGUAUAAACUGUGAUUAGGUUAAUAAUUCAAUUGAGCCCCAUUUUUUUUGCAGGCAAAAAAUUCCUGCUGUGUAAAUAAAUUUUUCAAAAAUCCGGUGCCUUGAAGCAAAUUAGUUUAUGUAAUUUGGAUCUCGGUCCUGUUUUCUAGUCUUUUUGUCCAUUUACAUUGCAUUGAAGUAAAUCAUAGAGGGCACUAGUGUUGUAAGGGUUUUUUGUAUAAUAAACGCUAUUGCGAAUUUAUUGUUAUAGGAAACCGUUUGUACUAACAACUACAGGCUAAAUGAUUUUUGUUUUAGUCUGUACUAUUUAUAAUUAAUCCUAGAUUUGUAUUACUUUAUACUAAAAAAAAAAAUCGUUUCUCAAAUUAUUGUUAUUUGUAGCCUUAUUUCUGUCACAUAAUAAAUAUACAAGAUGUUCAUGUAUCCGACUAUUUCAAAGUUACCCCAAAUGUCUUAUAACAUUUUCUUUUUAUGAAAGUGUUGCAUAAAUUAUGAUUUGUACGUUUUGCUUAUCUCGUAUUCAACACAUAUAUCGCCGCUGUCAUUACGAAGUGGCCAAUCUCUGAUUUAAGAACUUUUCAGGAGAACGUUUUGAAGAAAACUCUACUGUUCAUUUUAUCUGUAGCAGAACUUGUUUUUUUAUCUAUAACACAAAAGUAUACUUAGAACAUUGAGACAUAUCUUUUUUUAAAAAAAAGAUUGGACUUUUUCUGUAAAUAAAUUAUUAAGAAGAUAGGCCCGUUCGUAAUAACAAAAACAAAUGUUUGGCUGUUUGACAAAGCAGAUAUGCCGCUAAAAUUGAAUAAUGGCCACACGGUGUAACAUCUAUUUGAGAUAUUUGUAUAUUCAGCAGAUUCUGCAUUAUUGGCUGUUUUGUAUCUUUGUAAUAUAGCUAUUAUCCAUUGUAUAUCGCUUUUUCUACUACAUACUAAAAUACCGUUAAAUAAACUGCUGGACAAUUACUUUCGAACAGAGGAAAAAUUUUGCCUAACUUUCAAGCUGAAUAUUUUUGGAACCAGACCAAAUAUCGACCUCCGGUUUUCACGGGCCAACAGAUUGACUUAUGGAAACCAGAAAUUGAUGUUUUGGUUCCAAAAAUAAUAAGCUUGAAAGUUAGGCAACAUUAUUCUUCUGUUCGGAAGCAAUUGUCCAGCAGUUUAGUAUAUUUGUAAUAAUAAUUAUCGUACUCUUUUUUUGUUGUUGUGUAUUUGUCAGUGUUUUGUACGUUAUCCUUUUUCAAUUAAUUAAUAAAAUAUUUUGAUUAAAAUCG